UAGUGAGGUGAAUCAGGAGACAGUUCCUUUCUUGUGUUUUUGAAAACUUUCUUGAUUUCUAUGCAAUGGGCACUGAUGGCCAAAUAUGGCGACAAUACAUUAUUGGUGCUAUCGCCAACAUCGGUAUUGUGAUGACGGGCUACUCAAUGGGCUGGACGUCCCCCGUCAGCAUCAAGCUAAAAGACGCGAACCUAACCGACUCACCCUUGGCAGAACCAAUCACCGUAGAUCAGGAGUCUUGGAUCGGCUCCAUUUUAAAUCUAGGAGCCAUACUUGGGCCGUUCAUCGCCGGGCCGCUAGCCGCCUACUUCGGCCGCAAAUGGACCCUCAUCCUAUCCUCAACACCUCUGUUCAUCGGCUACAUUCUGAUUGUGGCCGCUACCGCUGUGGAGUUCCUAUAUGCUGGUCGAUUCAUGUGGGGUGUUGGUGCUGGCAUGCUGUUUACAGUGUCACCUAUGUACUGUGCUGAGAUCGCUACGAUAAGCAGCCGCGGUGCACUAGGUUCCUUUCUCCAAGUAUUCAUAACACUUGGUUUCUUGGUUGUCUACGUCAUCGGACCUUACAUAUCUUACAGCGCUAUAGCCUACGUGGCUAUAGUCAUCCUGGCAGUGUUCGAUAUUCUAGUCUUCUUUAUGCCGGAGACGCCGAUCUACCAUCUUACAAAAAAUGAUCGAGAUUCUGCUGCCGUAUGUUUAUCAAUAAUUAGAGGUCAGAGUUGCGAAGGAGUGGAGUCCGAACUGGAUGUUAUGGCUAAAGACGUCGCUGCGUCUAUGGCAAAAACCGCUACAAUCCGUGAUGUGUUCCGCGGCAGCAACUUCAAAGCGUUCUACAUCUCGUGUGCCCUGAUGUUCUUCCAGCAGUUCUGCGGUAUCAAUGCAGUGUUGUUUUACAUGGCCAACAUCUUUGAGGCCUCUGGGGCUAAGCUUGAUUCUUCUAUUGCUACUAUAAUCGUUGGUGUCGUUCAGGCAGCAGGAUCGUGGAUGACGCCAUUCGUCGUGGAUCGCCUGGGCCGGCGGCUGCUGCUGAUGAUUUCCACCUGUGGCUCAGCCAUUACUUCGGCUCUUCUAGGCCUUUACUUCCUGUUAGACCACCUGGACAGCCCCAUAGCAGCCUCCAUCCGGUUCCUGCCGCUCCUGUCCCUAGUAAUCUUCAUGGUGACCUACGGGGCAGGCCUGGGCCCCCUGCCCUGGGCCGUCACGAGCGAGCUAUUCCCUAUAGAAGUGAAGGCAGUCGCUGCGCCCGUCACCACGGCUUUCUGCUGGCUUCUGUCCUUCUUGGUCACCAAGUACUUCGGUCCGGUCUCCCAAGCACUAGGCAUGUAUGCUGCGUUCUUCUUCUUCGGAGUCUGCUGCGUUCUGGCCUUCUUCUUUACAAUCUUCUUCGUUCCAGAGACGAAAGGGAAGAGCUUGGCUGAGAUCAGAGUGAUGCUGUCUUGAAAGUGAUUGUUAUUUCAUAGAAAUAGGCUUAGAAAUAUUGCAUUCGUCAUCUCGAAAGUUAUUCGUAAGCAAAAUUGACAAAAAACAAAUAAA